AUGAUAAUGUUUAAGUUUUUUUUAGUAGUUUUUUGUGUUUGUGCCAAAUUAAGUCGCUGUCAAAUAAAUUUAGAAAAUAUCUUUGAAAAUUGUCGUCUACAAGAUCCUGACAGUGAAGAAUGCCUUAAGAAUGGAUUAAAUCAACUUAAUCCUUAUUUUAAAGAAGGACUUCCCGAUUAUGGAAUAGAAUCAUUUGAUCCAUUUUUUGCCUCGGAAGUACCCUACAAGAGCAGAACGCCAUUAUUUAAUUUUAAUUUAAUCCUUAGAAACGUUUCGGAAAGUGGAUGGACACUAUCACAAGUAACAAAAUUAAGAUUAAAUUCAAACAAAAAAGAAAUGGAGAUUACGCAAUCUUUUCCCGAUAAACGACUAUCAGGAUGGUAUGCAUUUGAUGGAAAUAUACUUGGAAGAAAGAUAAAAAACGAAGGUGCUUGGAAUUUAUCACUGUUUAAUUAUGUUCAAACGUUAACAAUUUCGAGAAAACCAGCUGGUCCUUCGGCACCUCUUCAAUAUUCUCCCAUAAAAGUGAAGUGCAGCUUAGAAACUUGCAAAAAUCUGGAAAUGCAUAUUAGUAAUCUAGCUGGUGGACGAACAGUGAUAGAAAAUAUGUUGGACCGCGUGAUAAACACAGCUUGGCAACCAGGAUUCGUGAUUUUGAAACCAGUAAUAAAUCAACUAGUUGGAACGGCUUUUACAGAAAUUUUCAACAAGAAUUUUCAAACAUUCCCUUUUGCUACAGUUUUUAAAAACUAA